ACUGACCUGAGAAUACUCAAGAAAGGCAAAACAUCUUUGUCUCUCUGCUCACUCUACAGAUUUCUCAUCCAGUCGUUAGAACAAGUAUCAAUAUAUUCUCCUCCUCUACAGAUUUCUCAUCCAGUCGUUAGAACAAAUGGAAGAUGAUGUGAUCAUUGAGAUUAAAGCAAUGAUCAAGCUUAGUGAAGAUGGUCUCUUAUCUCCUACUUGUUGUAUCUACAAGGUGCCCCAUAUGAUUCGUAAUCUAAAACCAAACGCUUACACUCCAAGAGUUGUUUCAAUUGGCCCUAUUCACUAUGGCAACAAGAGAUUGCAUGACAUGGAAAGACACAAACAAAUAUUCUUCAAAAGAUUUACUCAAGAAGCUAUGACAAGCUUGGAUGAUUUGGUCAGCUUUGUGAAACAUUUAGAGCCAAAGGUUCGUGCUUCAUACUCAGAAAACAUCGAUCUUAGUGAGAAGGAACUCGUGAAAUUAACAUUAGUAGAUGCUGGUUUCAUCAUUAAACUCUUCAUGAGUAGCUCUAAGGAUCAGUUAAGGUAUGAUUCUAAACUAUCCAAACCAUAUUUGGAGGAUACUACAGUUAAGGAUUUGCUUUUACUAGAGAAUCAACUUCCUUUUUUUGUUCUUGAAGGCCUAUUUAAUAGAGCAUUUCCUCUUCACCUUUGUGGCAAAAUUCCUUCAUUUCUUCACCUCACAUAUAAUUACUUUAACCAUUUCAACAUACAAAAACUAAAGCCCAAUUUUGAUGUUAAGAUAAAUCAUUUCACUGAUCUUAUUAGAUUCUUUCACUCACCCAAAACUUCACCGCUAAGGCAUUCAUCCCUGUGGGCUAAAGAUCAUGUUCUUCUAUAUAGUGCAAGUGAGUUACAGGAAGAAGGAGUAAAGUUGAAAGCAAAUACGAGCAAGUGCUUGCUAGAAUUGAAGUUUUCUGGGUGUGUUCUUGAGAUCCCACAAAUUUUAGUUGAAAAUGACACUGAAAUAUUGUUUCGUAAUAUGAUAGCAUUAGAGCAGUGUCAUUAUCCUUAUAACUCUUAUAUCACUGACUAUGCAAUUUUAUUGGGUCGCUUAAUAAAUACAAGAGAAGAUGUGGAUGUCCUUAUUCAUGGAAAAAUAAUAAUCAGCAACUCUCUGGGUGAUACGCAUGAUGUUGCCAAAGUAUUUAAAGGUCUUGGGAAAAAUAUCAUCCAAAAUACUGUCAAUUCAGAUUAUGUUUACAUUUAUGAAAGGUUGAAUGAUUUCUAUCAAGAUCGUUGGCACAAGAUGAAGGCCACUUUGAGAAGUGAUUAUUGCAAGACACCUUGGCAAACUGUGGCCUCUUUUGCUGGAAUUAUACUCCUUAUUCUCGCCCUUAUUCAAACCAUAUUUUCUGUCCUCCAAGUUGUACUAUUGAACAAGUAAAUUUAGAGUUUGUAUUAUGUUGUUGUUUUAGCAUUAUGUAUAUUUGUUGUAUUCUGUGUAUAUGAUCAAACUCCAAAUUAGUGAAAAACUUUGUUU